AUGGGGCUAAGAGUUGCCAGCCUUUUUAUGCUCUGGCUGGCUCUUUCCUAUGCAAAUGAAAUAAGAAAAGGAAGGAGAAGAAACCAUGGCCACUCUGUCUGCAGCACUUGGGGAAACAACCAUUUCAAAACUUUUGAUGGAGACAUCUACCAAUUCCCUGGCAUUUGCGAGUAUAAUUUUGCUUCUGACUGCCGAGACUCUUACAAGGAGUUCUCUGUCCACAUUCAGCGUGCUCUGAACAGCAAUAACCACCCUGUGAUCCAGUAUAUUCUGAUAACAGUCAAGGACUUUACGGUGUAUCUCAGACCAAAACUGGCCGUGGUGGAUGGGCGGAUUGUGAAGACACCUUACUACAGCUCUGGUGUGCUCAUUGAGAGCAAUGACAUUUACACCAAGGUUUAUGCCAAAUUAGGCCUGAUUCUGAUAUGGAAUCAGGAAGAUGCACUGAUGGUGGAGCUGGACAGCAAAUUUAAUAACCAUACAUGUGGUCUCUGUGGGGAUUACAAUGGACUUCCAAUCUACAAUGAGUUUAUCAAUGGAGUUACAAGCUACAACUCAAUUACGUAUGGGAAUUUACAGAAGAUCAGCAAACCCAAUGCCAAAUGUGAAGAUCCUGAUGAAACUCAGGCUCUUCCAAGCUGUAAUGGCCAUCGUCGUGAGUGUGAGAGGCUGCUGACUUCCUCUGCAUUUACUGAUUGUCGGUUACGUCUUAAUUUGGAAACGUACAUCCAAGCUUGCAUGCAGGACAAGUGUGCAUGUAAUGGAAAUGAGGACUCCUUCUGCCUCUGCAGUACCAUCUCUGAGUAUUCUCGCCAGUGUUCGCAUGCCGGUGGCCGGCCGGGUGAAUGGAGGACACAGUACUUUUGCCCCAAGACCUGUCCUGAUACCAUGAUCUAUAGAGAAAGUGGCUCACCCUGCAUGGAUACUUGCUCACACUUGCAGAUCAGCAGCCUUUGUGAGGAACACUACAUGGAUGGUUGCUUCUGCCCUGAAGGAACUGUGUAUGAUGAUAUUACUGGAAAAGGCUGCAUACCUGUUAGCCAGUGCCCCUGCAAACUCCAUGAAAAGGAGUAUUCACCUGGAGAAAGCAUUACCAAUGAAUGUGAAGAAUGCACCUGUGAUUCAGGCAGAUGGACGUGCAAAGAUUUACCCUGUCCAGGCACGUGUUCAGUGGAAGGAGGUUCCCAUAUUACCACUUUUGAUGGGAAGAAAUACACCUUCCAUGGAGACUGUUACUAUGUGUUGGCCAAGGGUACUGUAGAUGACAGUCAUGCUCUCCUGGCAGAGCUGGCUCCCUGUGGCUCCACAGACAGGCAGACCUGUUUGAAGUCUGUUGUGCUGUUAGUAGAUCACAAAAAAAAUGUGGUGGUUUUCAGAUCAGAUGGCAGUGUGUUACUGAAUGAGAUGACAGUGAAUGUACCUCAUGUUUCAGCCAGCUUCUCAGUAUUCAAGCCAUCGUCCUACUACCUUGUUGUACAAACUUCUUUUGGGCUUCAGCUACAGAUCCAGUUGUUUCCAGUCAUGCAGCUGUUUGUGACUGUGGAUCAGUCAGUUCAAGGAAAACUUCAAGGUCUUUGUGGAAACUUUAAUGGAAUGGAAGGUGAUGACUUUAAAGCAACCGGUGGGCUGGUAGAAGCUACAGGAUCUGCCUUUGCUAACACAUGGAAAGCUCAGUCCACCUGUAUGGACCAGGUAGAAAAGCUGGAAGACCCCUGCAGUCUCAGCAUCGAAAGUGCAAAUUAUGCUGAGCAUUGGUGUUCCUUGCUGAAAAACUCAGAGGGUCCUUUUGCAAGAUGUCACUUAAUCAUUGAUCCUUCAGAAUACUAUAAGAAAUGUAAAUAUGACACCUGCCUCUGCGAAGACAAUGAAGAGUGCUUGUGUGCUGCCCUGUCCUCUUACUCAAGAGCCUGUGCUUUCAAAGGGGUCAUACUGGGAGGCUGGAGAAAAAGUGUCUGCAGUAAGGAAGUGUCUACCUGCCCAGGAAAUCAAAUCUUCCUUUAUAAUCUUACAAUGUGCCAGCAAACCUGUCGUUCCCUUGCUGAUGGUGAAAAGCAUUGCUUGCAAGACUUUGCACCUGUGGAUGGCUGUGGCUGCCCAUAUAAUACAUACUUGGAUAACCAUGAUACCUGUGUGCCUAUCUCCAAGUGCCCAUGUUAUUACAAGGGGUCAUACCUGGAACCAGGGGAAUAUGUCACAAAAGAUGGAGAACGUUGUGUUUGCCGAAAUGCAAAGAUCCAGUGUACUUCAGUGAUGAUAAGAAUGAAAAGUGCAACAGAAUGUUCUUCUAACAAGACUUACUUCGACUGCAAUGCAUCCCCAGAGUGGACUUCGCAAACGCUUGUACAACUUAGCUGUCAUGCUCCUCAAGCUGAUCAUUUCCAAGCAGAGUGUGUCUCAGGCUGUGUGUGUCCUGAAGGUCUAUUUGAUGAUGGGAAAGGGGGCUGUGUUGAGAAGAAGGACUGCCCAUGCAUUCAUAACAACCAAUGGUAUGCUCCUGGACAGAAGAUAACAGUGGACUGCAACACCUGUACCUGCCAAGAAGGGGUUUGGAGCUGCACUGUAGAUGUGUGCUAUGGGACUUGUAUGAUAUAUGGAAGUGGCCAUUAUAUCACCUUUGAUGGAAAAUUCUAUGACUUUGAUGGGAAAUGUGAAUAUGUGGCUACUCAGGAUUUUUGUGGUGACAAAAAUUCCAGCGGCUCGUUCAGUAUCAUCACAGAGAAUGUCCCUUGUGGAACUACAGGAGUCACCUGUUCCAAGGCUGUUAAAAUGUUUCUAGGGAAAACUGAACUGAAAUUGGAGGACAAAGAUUUUAAAGAAAUUCAGCGAGAUAUUGGUGAUGAUGUGCAUUACUGGAACAGGACAGUAGGCCUCUACCUCGUUAUUGAGGCUAGCAAUGGUGUGAUGCUUAUCUGGGAUAAGAAGACUACUGUUUUCAUCAAGCUGACCCCUGAUUACAAAGGCAAAGUGUGUGGUCUGUGUGGCAACUUUGAUGACAAAUCUAACAAUGACUUUACAACCAGGAGUGGGCUGCAGGAGAGUAAUGCUCUGAAGUUUGGGAAUUCCUGGAAACAGUCUCCCAUGUGCCCAGAUGUCACAGAAGAGAUUAAGCCCUGUGAUGUGAAACCACAUCGGAAGUCCUGGGCAGAGAAAGAAUGCAGCAUCAUCCGGAGUGAAGUCUUUCAAAUUUGUCACUCCAAGGUGGACCCGAUUCCUUUCUAUGAAGCUUGUGUUCAUGAUGCCUGCUCUUGUGACAGUGGUGGAGAUUGUGAGUGCUUCUGUUCUGCAGUUGCUGCGUAUGCUCAAGAAUGUACCAAGGCUCAGGCCUGUGUCUUCUGGAGAACUCCUGAUAUAUGCCCGAUAUUUUGUGACUACUACAACCCUCGUAAUGAGUGUGAGUGGCACUAUGAGCCUUGUGGCAGUAAUAUCAUGACCUGCAGGAUGAUUAAUAAUGUCAGCACCAACUUCUCAGUACCAUACCUGGAAGGUUGCUAUCCCAGAUGCCCUACGGACAAGCCUAUUUAUAAUGAAGAAACAAAGGAAUGUGUGCCUGAAGAUCAAUGUUGGUGUUAUGUCAAUGGAACUCAUUUUCCCCCUGGAAAUGAAAUACCCACAGAAGAGAACUGUACAAAAUGUAUCUGUGGCCCCUCGGGAUCCAUAGAGUGUACACCAGUCCCAGGGUGUCCUUGUGUCAUCAAUGGAACGAGUUACGAAGUGGGUGAAACUGUGGCACAAAUACAGGAUGGCAACAUAUGUAUAACAUACAUUUGUACAGAAAACGGUUCUAUAGGUGUUGACAAAGUUUAUCCUUGUCCGACAUCUGCUGUACCUACCAUCAUUUCAACCUCUUUUCCUACCAGUACUCUUACCACCACAGUUACCACUACAAGCCCUCCAGUAACUACAACUCCAUGCUUUGGAUUAAUCUGUGAUUGGACUGAGUGGUUUGAUGUUAGUAAACCUGAAGAAGGUGGCGGUGACUAUGAAACCUAUGAUGCAAUAAGAAAAGUACAUGGAAAAAAAAUAUGUGAAGCUCCUGAAAAAAUUGAAUGCAGGGCUACAGAGAAACCCCAUCUGAGCUUAGAGGAACUUGGCCAGAAAGUAGAAUGUAAUGUUACCUAUGGCCUAAUCUGUAAAAAUGAGGAGCAAGACCCAACUAUGUGGCCACUUUGCUAUAAUUAUGAAAUCAGAGUAAACUGUUGUGAGUGGAGUGAAAUUUGUGAGACUACAAGUGCACCGAGUCCAACACCAACUGCAACUUCAACCACCACCAGCACAACAAUACCCAUCACGACUACAACCAGGCAGCCAACAGCAAUUACCACCACGCCCAUACCCACCCCAACCAUCACAAGCGAAUUCACACCAUCAGUCACCACCCCCGUAACUUCAACCUCUCCAGCCCCACCUUCAUCCACAACGACCACAGUGUCCCCUCCACCCAUAUUGACAACGACUCCCACGACAACGCCAUCGGAGCCUCACAGCAGCACUGCCACCACCACAUCCAUGUCCACGCCAACAUACACCACCACCCCACCUGGAGCGUGUGACUGCAUCUGGACGGACUGGAUUGAUGUGAGUUACCCAGAUAGUUCUGACAGAAACAGUGGUGACUACGAAACCUUUGAGAAUAUUUGGAAGAAUGACUCCUCCUGGGUCUGUGCGAAAGCUGAGAAUAUUUCAUGCAGAGCAGUGCAUUUCCCUGACACUCCCAUUGCAGAUUUGGGGCAGAAGGUGCAAUGCGAUGUUAACACAGGGCUCAUCUGUAACAAUAGUGAUCAGCACAUAGGAGGCAUAAUACCGAUGCCAGUCUGCCUCAAUUACGAGAUCAGUAUUUGCUGCGUCCCCAACAUACCAGAGUGUAUUCCAAGUACCCCCGUGAGCACCCCAACAGCCCCACCAUUGUCCACAACGAGCACAGUGCCCUCUCCACCUGUAUCGACAACCACUCCCAUGACAACGCCAUCGGAGCCUCACAGCAGCACUGCCACCACCACCACCACAAUACACUCCAGCAGCAGCAGCCCGGGGACAACGCUGACUGUUCCUGUCACAUCAACACCCACCACAUCUACUGCAACCACAUCCAUGUCCACGCCAACAUACACCACCACCCCAACUGGAGAGGGUACAACACCUGAAAUGGAAACACCGACAAUGACGAGUACUAGAGUUACUACUUCAGCUAGUCCACUACCAACAACUAGAACGACAGAAACCGAAAGUACAGUGUCCACCAUAGGCACAACUAUUCUAGAGUCAACUCCAACGGUAUCAACAAGCCCACUGACAGUCACCACCUCUGGAGUCACUGAAACAGGAUCGACCACCACAUCCACCACUUUGGGCCCCACAUCCUCACCACCCACUCCCCACAGCACCACAAUAGUAACGGUAACAGGUAGCCACGAAACCACUACCACCGGGACUGGGAGCCCUCCGACAGGAUCACAUACCACCACAACCUCACGACCAUCCACCCCAGAGCCUACAGUCAGCACUACUGCAUCACCACCAUCGCCGCCAACAAGCCCACUGACAGCCACCACCUCUGGAGUCACUGAAACAGGAUCGACCACCACAUCCACCACUUUGGGCCCCACAUCCUCACCACCCACUCCCCACAGCACCACAAUAGUAACGGUAACAGGUAGCCACGAAACCACUACCACCGGGACUGGGAGCCCUCCGACGGGAUCACAUACCACCGCCGUCAGCACCACAACCUUACGACCAUCAACGCCAGAGCCUACAGUCAGCACUACGGUAUCACCACCAUCACCAUCAACAAGCCCACUCACCACCUCUGGAGUCACUGAAACAGGAUCGACCACCACAUCCACCACUUUGGGCCCCACAUCCUCACCACCCACUCCCCACAGCACCACAAUCGUAACGGUAACAGGUAGCCACGAAACCACUACCACCGGGACUGGGAGCCCUCCGACAGGAUCACAUACCACCACCUUCAGCACCACAACCUCACGACCAUCAACGCCAGAGCCUACAGUCAGCACUACUGUAUCACCACCAUCGCCGCCAACAAGCCCCCUGACAGCCACCACCUCUGGAGUCACUGAAACAGGAUCGACCACCACAUCCACCACUUUGGGCCCCACAUCCUCACCACCCACUCCCCACAGCACCACAAUCGUAACGGUAACAGGUAGCCACGAAACCACUACCACCGGGACUGGGAGCCCUCCGACGGGAUCACAUACCACCGCCGUCAGCACCACAACCUUACGACCAUCAACGCCAGAGCCUACAGUCAGCACUACUGUAUCACCACCAUCACCAUCAACAAGCCCACUCACCACCUCUGGAGUCACUGAAACAGGAUCGACCACCACAUCCACCACUUUGGGCCCCACAUCCUCACCACCCACUCCCCACAGCACCACAAUAGUAACGGUAACAGGUAGCCACGAAACCACUACCACUGGGACUGGGAGCCCUCCGACAGGAUCACAUACCACCACCAUCAGCACCACAACCUCACGACCAUCCACCCCAGAGCCUACAGUCAGCACUACUGUGUCACCACCAUCGCCGCCAACAAGCCCCCUGACAGCCACCACCUCUGGAGUCACUGAAACAGGAUCGACCACCACAUCCACCACUUUGGGCCCCACAUCCUCACCACCCACUCCCCACAGCACCACAAUCGUAACGGUAACAGGUAGCCACGAAACCACUACCACCGGGACUGGGAGCCCUCCGACAGGAUCACAUACCACCACCAUCAGCACCACAACCUCACGACCAUCCACCCCAGAGCCUACAGUCAGCACUACUGUGUCACCACCAUCGCCGCCAACAAGCCCCCUGACAGCCACCACCUCUGGAGUCACUGAAACAGGAUCGACCACCACAUCCACCACUUUGGGCCCCACAUCCUCACCACCCACUCCCCACAGCACCACAAUCGUAACGGUAACAGGUAGCCACGAAACCACUACCACCGGGACUGGGAGCCCUCCGACAGGAUCACAUACCACCACCAUCAGCACCACAACCUCACGACCAUCCACCCCAGAGCCUACAGUCAGCACUACUGUGUCACCACCAUCGCCGCCAACAAGCCCCCUGACAGCCACCACCUCUGGAGUCACUGAAACAGGAUCGACCACCACAUCCACCACUUUGGGCCCCACAUCCUCACCACCCACUCCCCACAGCACCACAAUCGUAACGGUAACAGGUAGCCACGAAACCACUACCACCGGGACUGGGAGCCCUCCGACAGGAUCACAUACCACCACCAUCAGCACCACAACCUCACAACCAUCAACGCCAGAGCCUACAGUCAGCACUACUGUAUCACCACCAUCGCCGCCAACAAGCCCACCGACAGCCACCACCUCUGGAGUCACUGAAACAGGAUCGACCACCACAUCCACCACUUUGGGCCCCACAUCCUCACCACCCACUCCCCACAGCACCACAAUCGUAACGGUAACAGGUAGCCACGAAACCACUACCACCGGGACUGGGAGCCCUCCGACGGGAUCACAUACCACCACCAUCAGCACCACAACCUCACGACCAUCAACGCCAGAGCCUACAGUCAGCACUACUGUAUCACCACCAUCGCCGCCAACAAGCCCCCUGACAGCCACCACCUCUGGAGUCACUGAAACAGGAUCGACCACCACAUCCACCACUUUGGGCCCCACAUCCUCACCACCCACUCCCCACAGCACCACAAUCGUAACGGUAACAGGUAGCCACGAAACCACUACCACCGGGACUGGGAGCCCUCCGACGGGAUCACAUACCACCGCCGUCAGCACCACAACCUUACGACCAUCAACGCCAGAGCCUACAGUCAGCACUACUGUAUCACCACCAUCACCAUCAACAAGCCCACUCACCACCUCUGGAGUCACUGAAACAGGAUCGACCACCACAUCCACCACUUUGGGCCCCACAUCCUCACCACCCACUCCCCACGGCACCACAAUAGUAACUGUAACAGGUAGCCACGAAACCACUACCACCGGGACUGGGAGCCCUCCGACAGGAUCACAUACCACCACCUUCAGCACCACAACCUCACGACCAUCAACGCCAGAGCCUACAGUCAGCACUACUGUAUCACCACCAUCGCCGCCAACAAGCCCCCUGACAGCCACCACCUCUGGAGUCACUGAAACAGGAUCGACCACCACAUCCACCACUUUGGGCCCCACAUCCUCACCACCCACUCCCCACAGCACCACAAUCGUAACGGUAACAGGUAGCCACGAAACCACUACCACCGGGACUGGGAGCCCUCCGACAGGAUCACAUACCACCACCGUCAGCACCACAACCUCACGACCAUCAACCCCAGAGCCUACAGUCAGCACUACUGUGUCACCACCAUCGCCGCCAACAAGCCCCCUGACAGCCACCACCUCUGGAGUCACUGAAACAGGAUCGACCACCACAUCCACCACUUUGGGCCCCACAUCCUCACCACCCACUCCCCACAGCACCACAAUCGUAACGGUAACAGGUAGCCACGAAACCACUACCACCGGGACUGGGAGCCCUCCGACAGGAUCACAUACCACCACCUUCAGCACCACAACCUCACGACCAUCAACGCCAGAGCCUACAGUCAGCACUACUGCAUCACCACCAUCACCAUCAACAAGCCCACUCACCACCUCUGGAGUCACUGAAACAGGAUCGACCACCACAUCCACCACUUUGGGCCCCACAUCCUCACCACCCACUCCCCACAGCACCACGACAGUAACGGAAACUAGUAGCCCAAGAACAACCUCUGCAACUCACACUCCUCUGACAAGGUCAACUACCAUCACCACCACGACGACUUUUGGACCAUCCUCCCUAGAGUCUUCUGCUAGCACUACUGUAUCUCCAACAUCAGUAUCAACCAGCCCCAUGUCAGUCACCACCUCUGGUACAACUCCAACAGAAUCUUUUACCAUGACUUCAGAAACAACCUCUAGUAGUUUUAGCACAAUCACUGCAACGACCACCACCUCCGAAAUAGUUUCCCCUGCCUCAACUAGUACUUCUGGCCCAUCAGCAACAUCAAGUGCAGUCACCAUUCCAGGAAGUUCUACGUACAGUACAGUUACUCCACUCAGUGCUUCAAGUUCAACUACAAGUCCACCACCAACCACUCCUGGAAGAAAUUGUUCUAUUUUACCUAAUGAAUCUUAUGCGCCAGGUGAGUCCUGGUGGCUCUGUAACUGCACUAAGGCAAUAUGUAUAGAAGACAAUAUAGUCCAGGUGAUUCCUAUAAUCUGUAAUCCACCUCCUAAACCUGCUUGUGCCAAUGGCCUUUCUCCUGUGCCAGUCAUUGAUGAGGAUGGAUGCUGUUGGCACUGGGAGUGUGAUUGUUACUGCACUGGCUGGGGAGACCCACAUUACAUGACUUUUGAUGGACUGUACUACAGCUAUCAAGGGAAUUGCACAUACGUCCUUGUGGAAGAGAUUCAUAAGACAGUUGACAACUUUGGUGUCUACAUUGAUAACUACCAUUGUGAUACACGGGAUGUAGUCUCCUGUCCUCGAACGCUCAUUGUGAGACACGAGACUCAGGAAGUGCGCAUGGCAACAGUCAAACCAAAUACUCUACAAGUAGAGGUGACAGUAAACAAACAGGCAGUGUCUUUGCCUUAUAAAAAAUUUGGCUUGAGCAUCUAUGAGUCAGGCAUAAAUCGCGUAGUGGAAAUUCCUGAACUAAAAAUAAAUGUGACCUACAAUGGCUUGUCCUUUUCUAUCAGAAUGCCCUACAGCCAGUUUGCCAACAACACUCAGGGACAGUGUGGUACUUGCAAUAACAACACAGCAGAUGACUGCAUGUUGCCAAAUGGAAACAUUGCAGAAAACUGUGAAACAAUGGCAGAUCACUGGCAAGUUGUUGAUCCCUCCAAACCACAGUGCUCUUCAGGCCUAAUUCCUACAAAAACACCUAGCACAACCCCAAAGCAGCCUUGCAAAGAAUCUUCCAUCUGCAAGCUUCUUUUGGGAAGUGUGUUCGAGCCAUGCCAUGGCUUUGUCCGGCCUGAAAAGUACUAUGCAGCCUGCGUUUUUGAUAGUUGUGCACUUCCCAACUUAGACCUGGAAUGCUCAAGUCUGCAGAUCUAUGCUGCCACCUGUGCUGACCAAAGUGUAUGCAUUGACUGGAGAAGUCAUACCAAUGGUGUUUGCUCUUAUAAAUGCCCCUCAAAUAAAGAAUACAGAGCAUGUGGUCCUAUUAAAGAGAUAACCUGCAAAUCAAGUCAACAAAAUGAAACUUCAACUAAACAAGUGGAAGGCUGUUUCUGUCCUAAUGGAACAAUGCUGUAUGACUCGGGUGUGGAUGUCUGUGUGAAAACCUGUGGCUGUGUUGGAGUGGAUAAGAUACCAAGAGAGUUUGGGGAAAAGUUUACAGUAGACUGUCAGGACUGUAUUUGCUUGGAAGGUGAAAAUGGCAUUGUAUGUGGGCCUCAUGAAUGUCCCAAACAAAAUAAGAUGAGUUGUGAUGGAGAAGGCUUCUAUGAAGUCAAUGAAGUAAAUUCUGAAGACCCCUGCUGCCCCAUUGUCACCUGCAAAUGCAAUACAAGCUUGUGCACAGCUAAAGCCCGCAAGUGUACACUGGGAUUUGAAGUUCAUUCUUAUAUUCCCAGUGGUCAGUGCUGUCCUGUGUACGAGUGUGUUCCCAAGAGGGUUUGUGUACAUGAGAAUGCAGAGUUCUUGCCUAAUUCCUCAGUCUUUGUUGAUAAGUGUCAGAAUUGUUUCUGCACUAAUGAAGUUAACGUCAGCACUCAACUGAAUAUCAUCUCCUGUGAACAUAUUCCAUGCAACACAUAUUGUGAACCAGGAUAUGAACGUCAACCAGUGAAAGGUGAAUGUUGUGGAAGAUGUGUGCAGACUAAGUGUGUUAUACAUACAGCAAGCAAUUCUGACCUCAUCUUGGCUCCUGGAGAGUUUAAAAAUGAUCCUCAUGACAACUGCACCAUUUAUAGCUGUGUAAAUAUACACAACCAGCUUAUCUCUUCCACAUCUGAGAUUACCUGCCCAGCAUUCAAUGAGGAGAGCUGCAAACCUGGAACUAUUACAUUCUUACCUAAUGGUUGUUGCAAAACCUGUGCACCUCUGGAUAGUUCCACACCGUGCUCUGUCCGUCAAAGAAAAGACUUCAUCGUCUAUAAGGGCUGCCGUUCUGAGGACAGAGUUGUCAUGACUGAAUGUGAAGGAACAUGUGGAACCUUCUCACUAUACUCUGCUGAGGCCAAUUCUAUGGAGCACAGCUGUUCCUGCUGCAGGGAAUCAAGGACUACUGUGAGGCAUGUGGAACUGAAAUGCCCCACUGGGCAUUCACUUUUACAUAAGUAUGUGUAUGUGGAAAGCUGCAGCUGUCAAGACACUGAAUGCAGCAUCUCACAAUCCGGUGAGUCAAAGAGCAGAGAAGAAAAAGACAAGGCGCACAUUCUGAACCGUAUCAAGAGGGCCAUCAGCCUAACAUCAAAAUGAAGAGAAAAAAACCUAGCAGCAUUCAACUAAAAGGACUUUGCACCACUUUCAUCUUCCUUGACUACUUUUGAACUUUGCUUUUCCCAGUUACUGUAUCCUGUUCGCUCUCUAGUUAUUUUUAACAGUGCUUUAUUUAUCUGUGCACAAAAUAAGAACACAAAUCUGUGUUCUUUCAAGUGCACAGCCUUUUGGGUCCUGUUAUA